AUGGCAGGGAUCAGAGUCACGGAGGUGGACUGGCAGUGGCCAAGGAAUGGUGCGGCCCACCACACCCAGGAGUACCCCGGCCCUGAGCUGGUGGUUCGCAGGGGCCAGAUGUUCACCCUCGUGCUGGAGCUGAACCGUCCCCUGGACAGCAAGGACACCCUCAUCUUCACAGUGGAGACAGGGCCCCAAGCUUCUGAGGCUCUCGGCACCAAAGCCAUGUUCACGACAUCGGAGCUGGAGGUGGGAGACGCCUGGACGGCAGCGAGGGCAGCUCAGAAGGGGAACACGGUGACCAUCCACAUCACUAGCCCUCCCGACGCCGUCAUCGGCCGCUACGGUCUGAGCGCCAGGCUCUCCUCCCGCCGCAGACACAGCGACCGGAAGCUGGGCGAGUUUGUUCUCCUCUUCAACCCUUGGUGCCCAGAGGAUGACGUGUUUCUGGCUUCGGAGGAGGAGAGACAGGAGUACGUGCUCAACGACAGCGGGAUCAUCUUCCGAGGCGUGGAGAAGCGCAUCCGAGCCCAAGGCUGGAACUUCGGGCAGUUUGAGGAGGACAUCCUGAACAUCUGCCUCUCCAUCCUGGACCGGAGCCCCAGUCACCAGAACGACCCGGCCACAGACACGUCCCACCGCCACGACCCCGUCUACGUCACCAGGAUCAUCAGCGCCAUGGUGAACAGCAACAAUGACCGGGGCGUGGUCCAAGGCCAAUGGCAGGGCAAGUACGGCGGUGGCACCAGCCCCCUGCACUGGCGCGGCAGCGUGGCCAUCCUGCACAAGUGGUUCAAGGGCAGGUUCAAGCCGGUGAAGUACGGCCAGUGUUGGGUCUUCGCUGGAGUCAUGUGCACAGUCCUUAGGUGCCUGGGGAUCGCGACACGGAUUGUGUCCAACUUUAACUCGGCCCAUGACACAGACAGGAGCCUGAGUGUGGACAAAUACGUUGACUCCUUUGGGCGGACCCUGGAGGACCUGACGGAAGACAGCAUGUGGAAUUUCCAUGUCUGGAAUGAGAGCUGGUUUGCCCGGCAGGACCUGGGCCCCUCUUACAAUGGCUGGCAGGUUCUGGAUGCCACCCCCCAGGAGGAGAGCGAAGGCGUGUUCCGGUGCGGCCCGGCCUCGGUCACCGCCAUCCGUGAGGGCGACGUGCACCUGGCCCACGACGGCCCCUUUGUGUUUGCGGAGGUGAACGCAGACUACAUCACGUGGCUCUGGAACGAGGAUGACAGCAGGGAGCGUGUGUAUUCGGACACCAAGAAGAUCGGGAGGUGCAUCAGCACCAAGGCUGUGGGCAGCGACUCCCGCGUGGACAUCACGGGCCUCUACAAGUAUCCAGAGGGGUCCCGGAAGGAGAGGCAGGUGUACAGCAAGGCCGUGAGGAAGCUGUUCGGAGUGGAAGCCUCUGGAAGGAGGGCCCGGGUCCGCAGGGGCGGCGGCCGCGGUCUCUGGCGCGAAGACCUCCUGGAGCCCGCCACCAAGCCCAGCAUCACGGGCAAGUUCAAGGUGCUGGAGCCGCCCAUGCUGGGCCACGACCUGAAGCUGGCCCUGAGCCUGACCAACCUCACCUCCCGGGCCCAGCGGGUCCGAGUCAACCUGAGCUGUGCCACCAUCCUCUACACCCGCAGGCCGGUGGCCGAGAUCCUGCGGGAGUCCCACCCCGUGCGGCUGGGGCCCGAGGAAGAGAAAAAGAUCCCAAUCACAAUAUCUUACUCUCAAUAUAAGGAAGACCUGACAGAGGACAAAAAGAUCCUGUUGGCUGCCAUGUGCCUUGUCACCAAAGGAGAGAAGCUCCUGGUAGAAAAGGACAUUACUUUGGAGGACUUCAUCACCAUCAAGGUGCUGGGCCCGGCCAUGGUAGGGGUAGCAGUUGUCGUGGAAGUGCUGGUGGUCAACCCCCUCUUGGAAAAAGUAGAAGACGGUAUGCUGAUGGUAGAGGGCAGUGGCCUUCUCCAGGGACAGCUCACCAUUGAUGUACCCAGCCUGGAGCCCCAGGAGAGGGCGUUGGUCCAGUUCCACAUCACCCCCUCCAAGAGUGGCCUAAGGCAGCUGCAGGUGGACUUUGUCAGCCCCCAGUUCUCAGACAUCAAGGGCUUUGUGAUCAUCAACGUGGCCACAGCCAAGUGA